AUGUCGUCCUUGUCGGAGCCGCAGCAGCCACGGGCGAGGUCGUUCGCGCUGGAGGACGUGGAGGAGCAGAGCGAGGACGAGAAGCGUUGGGUGGGCUGGGUGGAGAAGAGCCUGCGGCACGAGACGGCGGAGGCGCUGGGCGCGGCCGCCAAGGUGUUCAGCGUCCCGCGCCCGCUCCGCGACACCAACCCGGAGGCGUACGCGCCGCACGUCUUCUCGCUGGGCCCGUACCACCAGUCCCGCCCCGAGCUCAUGGACAUGCAGCGCUUCAAGCUCGCCGGCGCCAAGCGCUUCGAGAUGCUAUUCGCCGGCGGCCACACCAUCGAGCAUCUCAAGGACCGCUUCCUUGUCGGCGGCCUCGAGCUCAAGAUACGGGCGAUAUACCACAGGUUCCUGGACCUGAACGACACGACUCUGGCAUGGAUGAUGGCCAUCGACGCCUGCUUCUUGCUCGACUUCAUCGAGAACUACCGCCGCCACGAGGCCACGGACGUGGUGUCCUCGUCGGCCAACUGGAUCAACACCGUCGUGUGCGACGCCAUGAUGCUGGAGAACCAGAUCCCGCUCUUCGUCUUCGCCAGGACGCUGGAGCUCCGCCACAGCACCCGGCACGAGGCUGCCAAGGCGCUGCACGCCGUCGUCUUCCGGUUCAUCAUGGACGUGUCCCCCUUCAAGAUCAGCGACGCCGCCAACAAUAAGCGCGGGGCGGGGGCCAUCGGCGACCUGGCCAAGCACGCGCACCUGCUGGAGGUCCUGUACCACUUCCUCGUCCCGGACGCCACUCUCUUGGACGACAGUACCACCGGCGGUGGUGACCAGGUGGUGGAGGAGGAGGAGGCACCCGCUCCGGCGGCCGAUGGCGAGGAGGUGUUCUCGGACGAUGUCGAGGCGCAGCAGGCGAUGAAGAAGACGCUGGAGGAGGAGGAGGAAGACUACGACAAGGUGAAGCAGUUCGUGUCGCAGGCGUCCAGGCUCAACGUGGCGCCGGUGCGGUUCAUCAAGAAGCACCUCAUCAAGGUGGUCGGGGAGAUCUCGCGCAAGGCGCCGGCGCUGGCCGCGCUGGUGCCGGUGCUCGGCAAGCUGAUGCAGUCCGUGGACGUGGAGGCCCAGCUCAACGGAGGCGCCGCGGAGCAGGCCCCGGAGGAGGGUGCCAUCACGGCGCCGCGGGCGGACGAGAUCCGCAUCCCGUCGGUGGAGGCGCUGGCCCGGUGCGGCGUCCGGUUCACGCCGGCGCCCGAGGGCGGCAUCGAGGGGAUCGCCUUCGACCGUGCGACGGCGACGCUGCGGCUCCCCGUCAUCACGCUGGACGCCAACACGGAGGUGGUGCUGCGCAACCUGGUGGCCUACGAGGCUGUGGUCGUGCGCGGGCCGCUGGUGCUGGCGCGCUACAUGGAGCUGAUGAACGGCAUCAUCGACACCUCCAAGGACGUGAAGAUCCUGCGGCGGAGCGGCGUGGUGGUGAACCACAUGAAGAGCAACAAGGAGGCCGCGGGCAUGUGGAACGGGAUGGCCCGGGCGACGCGGCUCACCAAGGUGCCCAAGCUGGACGCCGUCAUCUCGGCGGUGAACGCGCACCGGAGCAGGAGCGCGGCGGCGCGGCUGAGGAAGCUGCUCAGGAAGUACGUGUUCAGGUCGUGGAAGGUGCUGACGCUGAUCGCCUCCGUCGGGCUGCUGCUCAUGACGGCGCUGCAGACGUUCUGCUCCGCCUACCCGUGUGAGAACCACUGGUUCAGCGGCAUGGUGCUGCCAGGGACGACGGACGACCCACCGCAGUAG